AUGUCCCACUCAUCCUUAUCUUGGUUAGCCAACUUGAAUGUUGAGCAAACUCCUCACAAAUACUUGAGAAGAUCAUCAAUUAUUGGUACCAUUGGUCCAAAGACAAACAGUGUUGAAGCUUUGGUCAAAUUGAGGAAAGCUGGUUUAAACAUUGCCAGAAUGAAUUUUUCCCAUGGUUCGUAUGAAUACCAUCAAUCUGUUAUUGACAAUUGUAUCAAAUCAGAAGAAAUAUACAAGGGAAGACCUUUGGCUAUUGCUUUGGACACCAAAGGUCCAGAAAUCAGAACUGGUACCACCAUUGAUGAUAAAGAUUACCCAAUUCCAGCUGGCCAUGACAUGAUUUUCACCACUGAUGAUGCUUACAAAUUGAAAUGUAAUGAUGAAAUUAUGUACAUUGAUUAUAAAAACAUCACCAAGGUUAUCUCUCCAGGAAAGAUUAUUUACGUUGACGAUGGUGUUUUGUCAUUUGAAGUCUUGCAAGUUGCUGAUGACCAAACUUUAAGAGUCAGAUCCAUCAAUGCUGGUAAAAUCUGCUCACACAAGGGUGUCAAUUUACCAGGUACCGAUGUCGAUUUACCAGCUUUGUCGGAAAAGGAUAUUGCUGACAUUCAAUUUGGUAUCAAGAACAAGGUGCACAUGAUUUUUGCUUCAUUUAUUAGAUCUGGUGAUGAUAUCAGACAUAUUAGAAAAGUCCUUGGUGAAGAAGGUAAAGACAUACAAAUCAUUGCCAAGAUUGAAAAUCAACAAGGUGUCAAUAACUUUGAUGACAUUUUGGAAGCAACUGAUGGUGUAAUGGUUGCUAGAGGUGACUUGGGUAUUGAAAUUCCAGCACCACAAGUGUUUGUUGUUCAAAAACAAUUGAUUGCAAAGUGUAAUCUUGCUGCCAAGCCAGUUAUUUGUGCAACUCAAAUGUUGGAAUCAAUGACCUACAACCCAAGACCAACCAGAGCCGAAGUUUCUGAUGUUGGUAAUGCGAUAUUGGAUGGUGCUGAUUGUGUUAUGUUGUCAGGAGAAACCGCCAAGGGUAACUACCCAUACGAAGCUGUUUCAAUGAUGCACAACACAUGUCUCAUUGCCGAAAAGGCCAUUGCUUAUCCUCAAUUGUUUAAUGAAUUGAGAGCCUUGGCCAAGAAGCCAACUCCAACCACCGAAACCUGUGCUGUUGCUGCUGUAUCUGCCGCUUAUGAACAAGACGCAAAAGCUGUUGUUGUUUUGUCCACAUCUGGUCUUUCCGCUAGAUUAGUAUCCAAGUAUAAACCAGAUGUCCCAAUUUUGAUGGUUACUAGAAAUGAGAGAAGUGCCAAAUACUCCCAUUUGUACAGAGGUGUAUACCCAUUUGUAUAUGAAAAGGAGAAAGCUGCUAAUUGGCAAGAGGAUGUUGAAAACAGAUUGAGGUGGGCAGUUUCUGAAGCUAUUGACUUGGGUAUCAUUUCUAAAGGUGACUCGAUUGUCACCGUCCAAGGAUGGACUAAAGGUUCCGGCCACUCCAACACCGUCAGAAUUGUUCAAGCUUAA